GGGCGUGUCCUGGAGGGGCCGCGCUGCUCGCCCCACCCCAGCCGGGUCAACCGCCCCCAGGCCCAGUUCUAGCGUCCCGGCCGUUAGGCCGGGCCCGCGUGCCUUCGGCGGGCUGCGCAGAACGCGGGAGCAGGUCCAGACCGGGCAUGCCGGGAGCCCCUCUGGUACCCGCCGCCGCCCCCGCCCCCAUCCCCGCGUCCGUCCCCGGUGCGCGCUGCUGACGCGCGGAGAUGAAAUUCCCGGCCUCCGUGCUGCCGUCCGUGGCCGAGAUGACGGCGGCGCUCUACCUGAGCAGCACCUACCGCACGGGAGGGGACCGCAUGUGGCAGGCGCUGACGCUGCUUUUCUCGCUGCUGCCCUGCGCGCUGGUGCAGCUCACGCUCCUCUUCGUGCACCGCGACCUGAGCCGCGACCGUCCGCUAGUGCUGCUGCUGCAUCUGCUGCAGCUCGGGCCCCUCUUCAGGUGUUUUGAAUUAUUCUGCAUCUCCUUCCAGUCAGGCCAGAGUGAAGAGCCUUAUGUCAGCAUCACCAAGAAGCGGCAGAUACCCAAAAACGGCCUCUCAGAGGAGAUUGAGAAGGAGGUGGGCCAGGCAGAAGGCAAGCUGUUCACCCACCGAUCUGCAUUCAGCCGGGCAUCAGUGAUCCAGGCUUUCCUGGGCUCAGCCCCGCAACUGACCCUGCAGCUGUAUAUAAGCGUCUUGGAGCAGGACGUCAGUGUUGGAAGAACUCCAAUCAUCAUAGCUGCAUCGAAGACAAAAAGAAGCACUGAAGAGGGAAGGAUGGAUCUCUUUCUCCUUUUAUUGCAGUUCUCGAGUACCUGACAGCCAACGUCCUGGAGCUGGCGGGCAAGGAGGCCGACAACUGCCGCAGGAAGCGCAUCGCCCCACAGCACGUGCAGAGGGCAUUGGACAGCAACCAGCAGCUCCAGAGCCUCUUUCAACAUGGUACCGAACCUCAGGUCGAGGAGAUGCCUAAACGCAAGAAAAAGUAGCGCGCCCUGGGUACCAAGGCCUGGCGGGACCUCAUCAACAGCCCCAUCCCACCUCCAAAACACCCCUAGAUGAGGAGCCAGUGCUGCUGCCAGCAGCAAAUGCUAAU